AUGUUUAAACUAACUCCAGUUCUAUUGUCCUUGGUUUUGGUGGUGAGCUAUAUAAAAGCUAGUCCAAUAUUAAAACAAUUGAAUGAUGAUGAAGAUACUGUGGAAAUUUCGGCCAAUACUUUGGAAGCACCUCAGAAAUCUAAGGAUGUCAUUGAUUUAAGUUUCUAUGGCACGGCCCUGUUUGGAAAACCCGAUCAUAAAGAUACAGCUGAAUUGGUGGCAAAUUAUAAAAUGGAAAACUCCUCAGUAAACCCCGAAGAAUUGGGUUCCUAUUUGGAGGGUGACAUUUUAGUACCCACCGAUGGUGUUACAACUAAAAACGGUCUGACAACACAAAGUUCUCGCUGGCCAAAUGCUGUUGUGCCCUAUGAGAUUCGUGGUAAUUUCAAUGGUCAGGAUAUGGCAAUCAUUGAACAUGCCAUUGCUGAAUAUCAUCGUCGUACAUGUAUUCGAUUUGUGCCACGUACCUCGGAACAGGAUUAUAUUUCCAUUGUAAGUGGUAAUUCCGGAUGUUGGUCUUCGGUUGGACGUGUUGGUGGCAAGCAAGAGGUGAAUUUGCAAUCUCCAGGAUGUUUGACUAAACCCGGUACAGCAAUGCAUGAAUUAAUGCAUGCCUUGGGUUUCUUGCACGAACAAAAUCGUGAAGAACGUGAUGCAUUUGUAUCGAUACAAUUUCAAAAUAUCCAACCCAGUGCUAAGUCGAAUUUCGAUAGAGCAAGUCAUACAAUGGCCUUUGGGGUACCCUAUGAUUAUGGCAGUGUUAUGCAUUAUUCAUCGACUGCAUUCUCGACAAAUGGUCAACCUACUAUUAUUGCUAUGCAACCCAUGGGAGAUGCUAGAAUGGGUCAACGCGAUGGAUUUUCGGAUAAGGAUAUUGAGAAACUUAAUCGCAUGUAUGAUUGUCCGGCAAGCGGAAAUGUUGGUGGUGGCCAAUCCUCUACUGCUGGUAACUCCGCUGUUGAUAAUGCUCUCAUCAAUAGCUUUGUUAGUGGCAUUAUGACUGGCUUAGGUUUUGGUGAUAAUUCCGUGGCUUAA